UGCUCUCGCUCCGCCCCCACACUCCCUGACGUUCAACUGACUCGUCGGUGGACAUUUUGGGCACAGCAGCAUCAUCAGCGCUGACGUGGACACUACGUGAGCGAGGGCACAGCACGCGCACUGUCAUUAAUGACGAGUCUGACUACGUAAAACUUCGGUCACUAUGGAUCAUUCAGUAUCAUCUCAGCUUGACAGCAGUUUAAUUGAGUCACUAACGGAUGGAGAGGAGAACCACAGUGAAGGCAGUUCAUCUCCUGCAGCAACUCUGCAGGUAUCUGUGGCCGCAGAAUCCCCUGGCGUGACCGACGUCCAGCUGUCUGAUGGUGAGAUGCAGGUCCAAGGUGUCAUUCAGGCUCCUCAGACUUCUGUCAUACAGUCACCACAGGUUGCCACCGUAGCAGACCUGGAGGAUAACGAGUUGGCAGCAGACGCUCAGAAGAGACGAGAGAUUCUCUCCAGGCGUCCGUCUUACCGGAAAAUCCUCAAUGAGCUUUCGACCGAUUCGCCGGCAGUUCCUAAAAUCGAUGAAGAAAAGACAGAGGAGGAGGUGUCGAUCGCGAGCGUGGCCUCAUCGCCACCGUCAGUGCCAACCUCCAUCUACCAGACCAGCUCGGGACAAUACAUUGCCGUCAGUCAAGGGCGAGCCAUCCAGCUGACCAGUCCUGGAGUGGAAGCCCUUCAGGGGGCUCAGACCCUCACGGUGGCGAGCUCUGCCACGACGCAGUCUGGCGCCACCAUCCUGCAGUGUGCGGCUCAGCCUGCAGACUCUCCACAGCAGUUCUACAUACAGGGAGGACAGGUCCUCAUCCAAGCUGCCACUGGAGACAUCCCUGCCUACCAGCUGCGGUCGCCCAACUCCGGCCUCGCACAAAGCAUCGUGAUGGCGGCGUCUCCGGGCUCCAUGCAGAACCCGACAUCCCAGCACGCUGAGGAAAUCACCCGCAAAAGGGAGGUCAGGCUGAUGAAGAACAGGGAGGCAGCUCGCGAGUGCCGCAGGAAAAAGAAAGAGUACGUCAAAUGUCUGGAAAACCGCGUGGCUGUGCUGGAAAACCAAAACAAGACCCUGAUUGAAGAGCUGAAAGCGCUGAAGGACAUUUACUGCCACAAAGCUGAGUAGCAGCGGCUGUUUGUGGUCACGGGCUGAGGACGGUGCCGUUUUUCAAACUGCUGCAGCAAAACAAAGAAAUAAAAAAAGAAAAAGAAAAAGAAAGGACUCUAAAAACAAAAACUGCUUUGACCGCCAUUGUGUCUCUGCUCACUCAGGCCUGGUUUACGGCUAAUUCACAAGUGUCCCGGGGAAUUCAAGUGUAGCUCGAGCUUGCCAGUUGUGCUCUUGUUCUUAUCUUGUGCUCUUUGCAUGUGAAGACUCGAGUGUCGUUCACACACUUUUGCUUUGCCGCCGCUGGGCGUUGUGCACGGGGCAAGGCCGGCAAGCGAGAGCCAGGCGAAAGAAGAGGAACAGGAAGAGGAAAUACAGGUGCUUCCUGAAAAUGCGCAGAGAUUGCGAAAGAAAAAAAAAACCCCAGCAAGUUUCUCUGAGGUCAGACGAAAUGCACAAAAAAAAACGCUGCACAGAUCCACCACCAGCUGCAACCAGGCAACUCCAUCAUGUUUACCCCAUCGUCAUGACAUUUGUGUAAUUUAGGCCUCUGGUCUUAAUUGUUUCAUGCAUUCCUUUUUGCAAAAACACAAUUAAGGAGAAAACAUCCUCAAGCCUUUUGUCCAUGAAGCGAUCUCCUGGAUUUCAUUAACCUGUUUUGGGUUUGUGCAGACACACUUGAUUGGGUUAUACUUUUCAGAAAUAAACAAUGAGUGACGUAAAAGGUCCAAGAUGAAAAUCCUCUUGUGUUUAGGAUUUUUCAGAAACAGAAAAAAACUAUAUUUCAAGGCCAAUGUCUAUUUGAAAUGCUCCCCCGCCCCCUCCCUAAAAAACCUUUUCCAGAAGAGUCGUUUUUUUUUGUUUGCAUCUGUGAAGUGAGUCGUGUGAUUGAACACAAAAGCACAGAAAGGACCAAAGCGUCAUUAAAGAGAACUACAAAUUAUAUUUAAUUGUCUUUAUUAUAAAGAAUUUCACUCCAAGAGUUUAAAAAAAUGUUACAGAUUAACUGUAUAAUAAUAAUAAAAAAAGAUCAAUCCAAAACUGAAAAACCUCAGUUUCAAAAUAAAAUGACUCGUCGCUCAGAGUUGAACAGUCAUGCACGCGUUAGUUGCUGUUUUUGUGUCCUUUCAAAUGAAUGGAUAUCCAUUGUAGAAUAAAAAAUAACUGUAUUUUGAUAUUGGCUACAUGUUAAAAUGCUCUGUUUAAAGGGUGAUGCCAAUUUUUUUUCUGCUUUGUUUUUUUAUGUUCAGACACGUUUAUUUUAUUGAUUCUAAAACAUGUUGUGUUCAUGUUUUUUUGUUGGUGUUAAUGAAGUUAACAAGACGCCUUUGCUUUCUUCUCUUGUUUCAGUUGAAGCGGAGUUUGUUCCACUGAAUAUGUUUUAUUAUUAGAAAGUGAUAGGAGGAACUUGAUCUUUUCAUCCCGGUGUACUUCCUUCCUUCCUACCUUCCUACCUUCCUACCUUCCUACCUUCCUCCCUUCCUUCCUUCCUUCUUUGUUUGAAUUGUAAAAUCAAAAGUAUUUUUGUUUAUCUAAUAAAAUAUUCAUAUGUGA